AUGGGUCUUCACGGUAUGGGUGGUGUAGGCAAAACUACCCUUUUCAAGAAAAUCCACAAUAAGUUUACUGAAAUAGUUGGUACGUUUGAUGUUGUGAUCUGGAUAGUGGUGUCUCAAGGCGCAAAGAUUUCAAAGCUUCAAGAAGAUAUUGCUCAAAAGCUACAUCUUUGUAGCGACGAGUGGAAAAACAAAAAUACAAGUGAUAAGGCUGCUGAUAUACACAAAGUUUUAAAGAGGAAGAGAUUUGUUUUUAUGCUAGAUGACAUAUGGGAAAAAGUGGAUUUAGAAGCCAUUGGAGUUCCUGAUCCAACCAGAGAUAUUGGACGCAAAGUAGCGUUAAUUUUUCGCAAAAAUAAGCCAGUUUAA